AUGUCUCUGCGUCUUCAAGAUGAUCUAAAUCCGGUUGCAUCGGCUACAGAUCCGAAACGCAUUCCGCUGCCUCCUCUUGUAACUCUCCCUGGUUGCCAAACCCAAAUCGUCACCAAUGUGUCCAUGUCCUCAUCUUCUUCAGAGGAUGAGGACUGUGUUGUGGCUGUCAAGUUCUUGGGACCCCAACUCAGUUUUUGCAGGCUAGCUCAGAGUAACCCCGAGUGGAUCAACAUGAGAAUCGAAAACCCUUGCUUCUUCUCCUCCCGUGUCACGUUUGCCGAGAAAUAUGACAUGUUGGAACAUUAG